UAUAAUUUUAUUUCCCUUUUUUUCGCUGUUAUUUGUAGCUGGCAACCUUUUGACUGACCGUGAAAAAUUUGUUUGUCAGGUUAGUGUAAAAUGUGCUCAAGGAAUCUGAAAGCUGGAUAAUGACGUUGUCUGCGUAAGUGUUGAGAGCCUUUGAAAAUGUCGGCAAAUACAAACGCUCAAAUUCGCUGGAAGUUUCUGUCUCAGUCACUUCGCGCUCGUAAAAGAUGUUCUAACCCAGCUGAUGCCACUGCCUGCCAAAUAUCUGCGAGAAAUUUUUGCGGUUUUGAUCUUCUGCGGAAAACAAAGGAAACCAUUAACGGAGACGAAUGGAUGAAAAUUGCUGUUCCGCAUCGUGGCUCCGUUCAAUCUCGGCCAAACUCCUUGGCGCUCCCUGAAGUGAAUGGCCAUUCUGGAUGCCAAACUGAUGACAGUCCACCCGAAAAGCAGCUAUACUUGAAAUGCAGUCCCGCGAUGACGACAUCGGAUAUAUUUGGAUUUGACAACACUGGAAAUAUCUGCAUUUGGCCGGCGGAGGAAAUUUUGGCCUUUUACUGUUUGCUGCACUGGGAAGAAUUCAGCGGAGCGAGGAUAUGUGAAUUGGGUGGUGGAAUGACUUGCUUAGCUGCAAAUAUGGUUGCCGCUACUUCGGAGACGAGUCACGUUAUUCUGACCGAUGGCAACGCUAAAUGUGUUCAAAAUUGUGAAGAAAUCGUCAAGCGUAAUAAAAGUUUGGGCCUUUACAGUGCGGAAAACAUAUGUGUUAGGUGUUUACGCUGGGAUGCAUUGGAAGAUUAUCAAGAUUUAAUGCACAGCGUUGAUCUCGUCAUUGCCGCUGACUGUAUUUUUGUCGAAAAAUUUCACCAAGCACUGGUUCGGUGCAUUUAUGAUUUAUUGAACGAUAAGGGUUACGCUCUUCUUUUUUCUCCGCGGCGCGGCACGGCAUUGCAGUCAUUUAUCCAAGCUGCUUCCAGCGAAUUCAUCGUCCAAGUUAUGGAAAAGUACGACGACAUGGUGUCUGAUCGCCAUCGUCUGUACUGCAACACCAACAAUACGUACAUUCCGGAUUUACAUUAUCCUUUGCUUAUCAAGCUCCAUAAGACGACUGCAAGUCCUUGAUCCACAGUAGCUGAAAUAAUGGAAUAUUAGUAGUUUGUGAGGCUAUACUGCUCAUAAUCCAGAAGUAUCAGGAUUAUCCUGGAAAAACUGAGCAGCUUUAUAUUUCAAAGGUCGGAUAUUGAUUCGAAACGCAGCUGAAUUAGGGAGUGCUGGAGCUUUUUUUGGCAUCCUGUUCGUAGUUCGUACCUAUGGUAUCACCAUUCCAGAACGUCUGACUUACAUACAAUACUCGCUCCGAUCGAGAAUUUUACACGCGCUGCUUUUUCUACUGACACCAGUGGCGGUAUUUUCUGUCAAAAUAGAUUCCAAAACACCAUCGCGACAUCGAUUAUGGAAGAAGUGGUUUCAGCAAAGCUUCACCAUUUGUAUUCAGUUUUAACAAUUCAUUCAAAUUAUUCGGUUUUAACAAUCUGUGUUUCUUUGACUCGUGUUGUCCAAGCAGUGUAGUUGGUUUAGGUGGAUGAUAUGUGACUUCGAAUUAGUGGGAAUAAAACGCCUUGGAACAUCAAAGGCAACAUAUCAAACACAGAAAAAA